AUGUACGACGCUCUAGAAGACGUAUAUGUGUUUUUUAGAAAAACAACAAAAAGAAAUAAAUAUAUAGAAGAAAGUUGCAAAGAUGUUGAAAUCAAUUUAAAGUUUCGAAACUUGUUAAAGACGAGAUGGGUUUACAAUUCUGAGUCUGUUGAUGCUGUCUUGAGAAGUUAUGAGGUAAUACCAACUGCUAUUGUGAAAGUUAUUAAUGCUCGAGAUGUAGAAUCAAAAGUAAAAGCUAAAAGCGAUGGAAUAAAAAAGAAAUUUCUUAGUUUCGACUUUCUUUUUGCUCUUAUGUUCAUGCAAAUCAUAAUGACAAAAACCAAAAUCCUAAUCAAACAACUGCAGGAGGAGGAGCUAAAUAUAGUAAAUGCACUUAACCUGAUUGAUGCUACAGUAAAAAACCUUAGACAAAUUCGAAGUGACGAGAACGGAUUAGACUCGGAGAUAGAGGCAAUGGUUGCAUUUAGAACCAAAGUAGGAAUAGACGUAAUGGCAGAAUACACUCGUCAUCAUCGAUCAAGAAAGCCACCCAAACGAAUUGGCGAGCAUUCCGAAAUAACAAGAGAAAUAUCAUUUAAAGAUUUCUACCGAAAGGAAAUGUACUUGGUUCUAGACUCACUUAUUACCGAGUAUACCGAUAACAUUAAAGAUUGCAUCGACAAAAUAAAACUCUUGGAGAGAGCUUACAGCUGCCACUAG